CUGUUUGUUGUCUGUGGUCAACUUGCAGUAUUUUGUGCGGCGUUUUUGAGCUAAAUAUUGAAAGGAAUUAAACCGCAUUACAAAUUGCAUUACGUUUUUGGCCUCUUGUACUCAUAGUUAAAGUAAAAAGUUACCUAAAUACUCGCAAACACGGCUUCUAUUCAGUACGAAGAGGUUAAAUUUAAAACGGAUAACUAUCUUUUAGAGAUGCCUGCUGCUAGUUUUGGGUCCCUUGUUACAAGUGCACUGAAAGAGGAUUGUGCCAUCAAAAAUGUCUGGAAUCACAAUCUUCACGAGGAAUUUCAUGUCAUCCGGCAGGUUGUUCAGAAAUUUCACUGGGUUGCAAUGGAUACAGAGUUCCCUGGUGUUGUUGCAAGACCUAUUGGAGAAUUCAGAUCUACUGCUGACUACCAGUACCAAUUAUUAAGAUGUAAUGUGGAUCUGCUGAGAAUCAUACAACUAGGUCUUACCUUCAUGGAUGAAAGUGGCAAAACUCCUCCGGGCUGCACAACAUGGCAAUUCAACUUUAAGUUUAAUCUACAGGAAGAUAUGUAUGCCCAAGAUUCUAUUGAUUUAUUACAAAAUUCUGGGUUGCAAUUCAGAGAACAUGAAGAACAUGGCAUUGAACCUUUGGAAUUUGCAGAGUUACUGAUGUCAUCAGGAAUAGUGCUCAUGGAUAAUAUCAAUUGGUUGAGUUUUCAUUCUGGAUAUGAUUUUGGCUAUUUAUUAAAACUUCUCACAGACCAAAACCUACCCCAAGAAGAAAAUGACUUUUUUGAUAGUCUGCGUCUAUAUUUCCCUACAGUUUAUGAUGUCAAGUAUCUGAUGAAAUUGUGCAAAAACCUAAAGGGUGGUUUGCAAGAAGUAGCAGACCAACUUGAACUGCGGCGAGUAGGACCACAGCACCAAGCCGGCUCAGACUCCCAUCUCACAGGAAUGGCAUUUUUCAAAAUAAAAGAGAUAUUCUUUGAUGGCAACAUUGAAAGCACAAGUGGUCACCUUUAUGGAUUAGGUGCACCCUUUUCUACUAAUGUCAACAAUUUCCAAGAUAAUGGAGAGAAUGGAAAUUCGUCUUGAUCGGCCGAGUCAUUAGUGUAAUUUUAACACCACAACCACAAGUGUUCCAUUUACUGGAGUGAACUUGAGUAAAAUUGUGAUUAUGUUAUGUACCUAACAUGUGCAGGAUGAUUAUUUUUUUCAAUGUGAGGAACAUAGACUGUUACACUGCAUAGUAUUUUUUUUUAUUUAAAUAAGGGUAUAUUAAUGUUUUAUUGAUGCAAAAUUUCAACAAUGCUACAACACUGUUCAACCACUGUUACUUCCACAGGCACAUCCUAUUAUAGAACAGUGUUGUAGAACAGUAUUUACGAGGGGAAUGUCUAAAUACAUAAUUCUACCAAUUCUCGUUUAGAUAUUUUCGUAGCUUGAGAUGAAUCCCUCUGAGUCAGGCCAAAGUUAUAAAUUCUGUAAGUUGAGCUAGGUAAUCUUUAAGUAUUAUUAAGAUUUAAUUCUUAUACAUAUUUAUAAAUAGGAAUCUACCUUGACAUUGUGAUAAUGAAGGCAUGAAUGAAGCUAGUCAGCACUUGUAAGUGAUUAGAUUGUUACGAUUUUAAAAUUUAAUAUCGGCUUAGAUUUCAAAAUUAAUAUAAGAAAAAAAAUGUCAUUACCUAUUUCUUUGAAACAAGCUAGCACGCCAUACAAAUCUGUUUAGUAAUUAAAAUCAAAAGAAUGAUCGUGCCAGCUUUUUUGAAGCUAGGUAAGCCGUCUUGUACAGAUAGUUUAAUAAAAUACGGUUUAUAAUAUACAA